GUAAGUAUUGUGGGACGUGUAGUUCCGCUUUUAGGCCGCUGCGUUUGAUAACAGCGCACGAAGGAGAUCAACAAAACAAAAUCAACUGAAACUUGUGUGAGGCUGCUGUGGAGGAGGAAAUAAUAAAAUUAAUAAUUUAGGUAAAUUAGUGAAAAAAGCGAGCGGCGCCGUUAUGCCAGGCUUCACGUGCUGCGUGCCCGGAUGUUAUAAUAACUCACACCGGGACCGCGAGCUCCGGUUCUACACGUUCCCGAAAGACCCGACGCAGAGGGAGAUCUGGCUGAAGAACAUCUCCAGGGCCGGAGUGAGCGGCUGCUUCAGCACCUUCCAGCCCACUACAGGGCACCGCGUGUGCAGCGUGCACUUCCCCGGGGGCAGGAAGACCUACACCAUCCGAGUCCCGACGCUCUUCCCGUUACGCGGAGUGAACGAGAGGAGAAGUCGGCGCGGCAGGGGCAGGAAGGUGUACGCUGCGUCUGCGCCUGCGUCUGCGCCUGCGCCUGCGUCUGCGCCCAUUCUCACCAGCGUCGGCGCAAUCCACAGUGAGGCGCAGAGCGAGCCCGAGUUCGUGGUGCAGAUCGGACAGAACGGGCAAUACAUCUCACCCGUCACUGUAUCAUCAUCAUCAUCAGCAUCAUCAUCAUCAUCAUCAGCAUCAGCAUCAUCAUCAGCAUCAUCGUUAUCACUACCAGCUCCGGCGCUCAAGUCUGAGGACACGGCGGAGGUGGUGGUGACGGUGGUACCGGAUCAGCCCGGUCCGCUCCUGGCGCUGUGCGGAGACGAGCACUCGUACUCCCUGACCAACGGCACGACCUCAGCCGAGCUCCUGAGGAAGCUCAACGAGCAGCGCGACAUCAUCGCCCUCAUGGAGGUGAAGAUGAAGGAGAUGAAGAACACCAUCCGUCAGCUGCGCGUCAGCGAAGCGCGGCUGCAGGAGGAGCUCCGCGAUCGCGACCGCGUGCUGUCCGGUAUCGGGGCGGUUCGGAAGAAAGUCUGACAAAACAAACAAAACAAAACAAAACAAAACCCCGGACCCACAGAACAAUGUCGUGUCGUGUUGUGUUGUUGGGGGGUGUUUAAAUUUUUUGUUUUUGUUUAAAAUUUUUUGUUUUGUUUAAAUUUUUUGUUUUGUUUGUUUUUGUUUUGUUUUGUUUAAAUUUUCAAUUUUUAGGAGAAAAAAAAUUAGGAAAGGGUGAUGGUGAUGUGUCAAAAAAAAAAAAAAAAAAGUUUGGUAACUCACACAUUUACGAGUUCUGUGAAACAUCAGUGAAAUUACCGGAAAAAAAAUUCAUUGUUCACGAUGUUGUAAUACCCAAGAAAGGAAACGUCCUCAUCAUGACUUAUAAAUAUGCAUGAGUAUGCAAAUAUGGACACGCCCCCCUGCAUUCAUGACCCCGCCCCUAACAGAGCUGUAUUAGAGAAACGGAUAAAUUCAGACAUUUUUAUACAAUAUUUAAUAAGGAAAUUAAAUUGAAUUGCUCAGUCUGUUCUGUUGGAGUUAUAUCGAUAUCGGAUCACCACAUCACUCAGCCCUACACACUCAGACAAAAAAGGUACCAAAAAGUACCAAAGGGUACCAGAUGGUACCGUGCUUUGCCUCUGGGUCGGUACUGCCAAGUACACUUUAUGUACCUUUAGUUUGUAGGUAAAUUUAAGGUUUAAGUUAAUUACGGUCCGUUUAUGUACUUUAAGGUCACUAUAUCCACAUUUCCAGGUGAACUAUACAGACUGAAGGUACAAAAAUGUCUCCUCUUCAUAGUUCCACAAGGAAACAACAAAGAAAAGUACAGUUAAGUACCUUUUUUUUUUUUUCUUUCCCAAAGAGUGUGUUCUGAAGAUGGCGACGGCGUUACUUCUCACGAUGAACUUCCCAACUUCCCGUCUUUUUAGUUUGUUUGUUUUUGCGUUCAGUGAUGCACCUGUGACCUUCUCCAUUUGUGACACAAUACUGAUAUCAGAGUUCUGGUACCGAUCCGAUACCGACAUCGCGUCUGUGAAAAGUCAGAGACGUGAAGACAGCGGAGAUCGUUUUAAACCGUUUAAAUGAAUGAAUAGUGGAAAAAUAAAUUGUUCACAAUGAUUUUAAAGCCUAAGUAAUGACUAAAAUUGGCCCUGGAACGUCUAAAUCGAGGUCAUGAGUUAUGAAUAUGUAUGAUUAUGCAAAUCCUGGACACGCCCUCAUGACCUCCUGGCAUUCCUAACAGCCUGAUAUGGUUAAGAUGAGAUAACUAAGCUAGUCGGUUAGCUAAUGAGUCAGACGAGUGGGAUUUCAGUAUCAGAGUGGAGUGGCGAUGAACGUGGUGAUUUUGUCACUGAUUUAUUUUUAACAGCAGACGAACCUGUGGGAAGAUAACGCUGAGAUUUCAUCGUACGCAAUCUGUAGCUAAUAAAUAAGAUAGUCGUACAUUUUGUACGUUUGUGACCGAAACACAGCGAGUGCAGAACAGACUGAAGCCUACAAUAGACACUUUUUUAAAUCUCUGUAUGAAUUUUUGUUUUUUUUUUGUUUGUUUGUUUUUAGUUAGUUUUCACGAUUGCCAGCGUUUGUAUAAAUUCAGCGUAACCUUCACUCUCUCUCUCAGACUGUUCCAUCAUUACAUGAGUUUCAUUAUUCUGUAUUUAACAUCCUGUUUGUUGUCAUGUUUCGAUGCGAGUGGAUCGAUCUGAGGAUUCGAUCCAAAUCUGUGGAUCUUCGCUGUUUGUUAAAAUGAACUGAGGAUUUGGAGUAAAAAAAAAAAAAUAGAGAGAUUUCAAACAAAUUCAAGUCUAUUUUUUUGAUGUAGUGAUCCUGUAAUAUUUUCAGGCACUUGUGUUAUUCCUAUUAAAAUGUUUGUGUUUUUAUUUUUUAUUAAAUUCCUGCAAAACCUUA